AAGGAAAUAAAGAAAAGAGAGGCCCUAGGAAAGCAAAAAAGGAUAGUUGGUGGGUCCCACGCAAAAGAAGCAAGAAAAGUGAAAUUAUUUGACUAAUUCCAGACUGUUUACUCAUCAUCCAGAGCAACCAACGUUACACUUAAUUACACACCCACGAUUCAUCAUCAUCAUAAUUCAUAAACCUCCACCACCCCCACUUUCCCCACGCCUCCUCUCCUUCACAUUCCUCCGCCUUCCCACCCCCAUUAUAUAUAUAUAGCAGCACUCACAACUCACAACACCACCUCGAGAAAAACACACACACACACACACACACACACUAACUCAUCACAAGUUGAAAAGAUGGUCCCCCCCAUUCAUCAAGAGCAAGAAGCUGCGGCGGCUCUUGAUCAGAAUGACGUUCUCUUGGUUGUCAAUGAUCUUCAGGAGGAUACCUGCAACAAAAACUCUCUUUUGGUGCCCGAACCUGAGUCUCCGCCCAACGCCGCCGCCGCCGACGAACACGCGCCUCCGAAGGCCGAUGAACCGGAAGUGGAACACGCCGCCCCCAAAUUCGCCGAUCUUCUUCCUGAGAAUGAGAAGAAAGCCCUGAUGGAGCUGGAGCAGCUCAUUCAGGAAGCACUCAACAAUCGUGAAUUCGGAGUUUCUUCCGCCGCCGCUCCUCCACCACCAAUAAAAACUGUAGAAGCUGAGAAGAGUUCCACUACUCCGGCAGCGGCGGAGGAAAACGACGGCGCUAAAACCCUGGAAGCCAUUGCCGAAACAAUCGUCGCCUGCGCCCACACCACAACCACCACCACCACCGAGGAAGCCGCAAAAAAAGCGCCGGAGGCGGAGGAAGUCAGCAUCUGGGGAGUGAAGCUUCUAGAAGACGAACGAAGCGACGUCGUUCUGCACAAAUUCCUCCGCGCCCGUGAUUUCAAAGCCAAGGACGCCUUCGACAUGAUCAAGAACACCGUCAAAUGGAGGAAACAAUUCGGAAUCGACGGCGACCUCGUCGAAGACGACGCCGCCGCCGGCGAACAACUGGGGAGGGCGGUGUUCAUGCACGGACACAGCAAAGAAGGCAACCCAGUCUGCUACAACGUCUACGGCGAGUUCCAGGACAAGGAUCUCUACCGGAAAAUGUUCUCCGACGAAGAGAAAAGGUCCAAAUUCCUCAAGUGGAGGAUCCAGUUCCUCGAGAAAAGUGCCCGGAAACUGGAUUUCCGGGCCGGCGGCGUUUCCACCAUUAUUCAGGUCAACGACCUCAAGAAUUCUCCCGGCCCGAACCGGUGGGAACUCCGGCAGGCCACUAAUCAAGCCCUUCAAUUGUUUCAAGACAAUUACCCUGAAUUUGUUGCCAAACAGGUGUUCAUCAAUGUGCCAUGGUGGUAUCUUGCUCUAAGCAAAAUUAUAAGCCCUUUUAUGACUCAGAGGACCCAAAGCAAAUUUGUUGUUGCUAGGCCUUCAACAACCACUGAAACCCUAUUCAAAUAUAUAGCAGCUGAGCAAAUUCCGACACAGUACGGUGGACUAAGCAAAGAUGGUGAAUUUGGGGCAUCUGAUAGUGUCACCGAGGUUACAGUGAAACCUUCAGCCAAGCAUAUUGUUGAAUUUCCUGUUACUCAGGGAUGCUGUGUUGUGAGCUGGGAGGCAAGUGUGGUUGGAUGGGAAGUGAGAUAUGGAGCAGAGUUUGUACCGAGUGCAGAAAAUGGGUACACAAUUAUUAUACAGAAAAUGAGGAAAAUUAAUAAUAAUGGUGGGAAUGAUCAGGUGAUACGCAGUAACUACAGAGUUGGUGAGCCUGGAAAAUUGAUUCUUACUAUUGACAAUCUCACUUCCAGGAAGAAGAAGCUUCUCUACCGCUUCAAAACCAAGCUUGUUUCUUCCGUUUAAUAUUUUAUUUUAUUUUUGUGUGGACUGGAAAUAGCAAUAUCCAGACAAUAGUUCAUUUUUUAUGUUGCUUUUGAUGAGUUAAUUGUUUUUUUUUUUUUUUUU